AUGACGCUCACACACAACCAGCUCCUGGAGCUUCACGCCAAGGCCGAAAAGAACCUCAAGAUCAAGAUCGCCCGCAUCCCCGCGCGCGCCUUUGCCUCCGGCCGCAAGCCCACCAUCCGAGACGUAUACGAGCGGCCAGAUACCCUCUUCAACCCCCAGAUCAAUCCCCACUGUCAGCUCGAUUUUGUCUUCUCCGCCUACAACGAGUUUGCAGCUAGCGCAUUCCGCGCCCGCAAGAAUCAACAAGACGCCCAGGUCACCGCGGCAAUCUUCUACUGGCAGAUGGACCAAGAACACUCUCUCUCCGCCGCCCAUCUUGCCAUGCGAUGCAACAUACUCCUCGCCUUCAUCAUCUUCAUGAAGCCAGGCGCGCAACAAGAGUUAGAGCCCGGCCUGUACAAGUUCCUCGAGCUCUUCACCAUCAGCUGGAUGGUGAACGGGCUGCACCAGGAGCAUGAUGGCGCCGCAACACAAGAGAUGUUUGUGGACUUGUGGAAGAACUCUCCGUAUGACUUCAUGCGCUGGUCUUCUUGGGGCCUCAAAUACUUUGGCAAGGCAAUCGGAAAGCUUCGGUUCUGGGAAAAGCUCGUUGCGCAGCCUGAUGAAGCAUACAAGAAGCACGGUACUAUGUGGAUGAUGCAGUACAUCGUUCUCAUGCAGCAGGAAAACGUCGAGGCCAUUGCGGCAGCGCGAGCAGAGGCUGUGGAAGAGUCUUUGGAGACUGGUGAUUUUGCGGACAACUUCGCUGGUUUCGGUGUAGAAGAUGGCCCGCCUACCAACCUUUCUGAGGCGUUGUUCGAGCAUGAGCUGGUCAAGGCGCUGUUGGUGGACGUGGACGAGGACGUGGUGAAGCUGGACAAGGAGUACAACACGCAGUGGAUGGAUCCUCAGAAGGCUCUCAAUCUGAUUGAAGGUGCCGAAGUAGAUGAGAUCAUCGAGAUGAUGACAUCGUCAUUGUUAACUUUCUAG